CACUUCACCAUCUCUCUCCCCUCUAUCCGCUCCGAGCAGCAGUCAUCGAGAGCCCCAUGCUCGCCGUCAAGCACCCACUGCGGGGUGUCGGCGUGCGGCCCUUCCUACAACCGCGGCUUGCGCCGUCACUCAUCUCGCGAGCGCGCGGGCCCAGCGCGACGACAGCUCUCGGCCUCCGCUUCGCAGCCACAGUCCCCCCGCCACCUCCUACGGGCCCCCCUCCUCCAUCCAACCCCCCUCCCCCUGCCUCUAAUCCUCCCCCCGCAGCCGAUCCACCGAAGGACGAGGUGCCAGAGCACACCGAGCACCCAGCAGACCACGAGCACACGGAUGCCCAUGUGCCCGAGGGCUACGACGAGGGCUCCGCUGGACAAGUGCAGCGCGAACACUGCUCCGUCUUUAUCUCGCAGGUGCUUCCGAUCCGGCUGGGGUCGUGGGAUCCCCGGCCGUGGGUUGCGUCAUGGUACGAGGGAGCGCUCCUCGCGGAGCUCGUGAACAUCACGAACGACCUGAAGGGCCGGCACGCGUUCAAGGUCGAGAGCUGGGAGGUAGCACGCAAGGACGGUGGCGUGUUCUGCCACUUCUCGUACGUGCCGCCCGCGCUGGACCAGCUGCCGCGCAAGGCGUUUGACCACGACUUCCACACACCUGAGGAGGCUAUUCCGGACCCUGUGUCACCCUCGGCUCUCUUCCUCCCGCUUUUCAUCGAGGCGGCUCACAAGCACGGUGGAUGGCCGACGUGGAUUGGACCGUGGUGGUCCUCGCUCUUGGACGGGACGGGGAUCAACCGCCGCGCGUCGGCGUGCUCGAACGAGGCCGGCCACUACCUCUUCUCUGGCGACCUUGCGCCGCCGAAGGGUGCGGACGGACACGUGCCCGAGCUACGCGGGUGGCAGCGCACAGCUGGUGCCGGGCGCGUGUGGAUGGUCCGCGGGCGACAGUGGACGGAGGACAUGAACCGCUUCCCGAGCGCACGUCUGCGCGUCGAGUUCGACGGGCCAGACGUCUCCCAAGAGGUGCUGUACACCCUCUUCCGGCCAUACGGGCGCAUCCACGACAUUGCGCCCCCGACCCCCGUGCCGGCGGGCCAGCUCCGCUCGGCGCUCGUCACGUUCCGCAGAAUCUCGACUGCCGUCAACGCCAACAACGCGCUGCAUGGAUUCAACACACACAUCAAGUCGGCAGACUACGAGGGCCGGCGGUCAGACGCGCCGCUCACGCGUCUGAGAAUCUACUUUGAGCGGCCACUCAAGGCGCACUACUUCCGCGACUGGGUGUCGAACCACCCGCGCAUCGCGCUGCCCGUCCUCGCAUUCCUCAUCGGCAUGUUCUCGUACACAUUUUUCGACCCGAUCCGCGAGUUCUUCGUCAAGGCGCGCAUCGAAGGAAUGUGGAACCUCGAACAGUACCCCACCGUGCAGUUCAUCAAGGACAACAUUGUGAUGCCAGUCAAAAACACGCUCUGGCCCGCCAAGGCGCGGAGAUGGAAGCGUAACGUCGACGAUCUCGGCCGCGCGUCCUUCAGAGACCGCGUCGAGGCCGAGCGCAACGUCGAGCGCUGGCUCACUGAGUUCCCGUCGACGUUCAUCGUCGUCACUGGACCACCGGGCAGCGGGAAGCAUGACCUUGUGGACCGCGUGCUGAAGGACGAGAAGAAGCCCAACCUCGUCAUUGACUGCGCCGAGAUCGGCAAGGCCAAGUCGGACACGGCAUUGGUGGACGGCCUCGCGAGCCAGACGGGCUACUGGCCAGUCUUCUCGUUCCUGCAGAGCAUCAACGGGUUGAUUGACCUUGCUUCCAUGGGUCUGAUCGGCCAGAAGUCCGGCUUCUCAACGCCUGCCGACCAGCAAAUGCGCAACAUUCUCGACAUUGUUGCCAGCGCGCUCAAGGAGGUGUCGAGCCACGCGAGAGAGAAGCGGGCCUCAGAGCAGCAGCAUCAGCGUGAUGAGAUUAACCUCGCGGCCGACCGUGAGCGGCAGCAGCGUCUCAUUGAGCAGGGCAUCUGGCACGAUGGGCGUCUCGACUGCGUCGCGGGUAAUGGCAUUAUGAGCGAACUGGGCUUCGGCAUCGAGCAGCCAAGCGAGCUUGAUGUCGUGGGUGCCGCGCCGCUUAUGGGAUCGACGGCGCCGAUCGCUGGCGAGGCUGUGCCGCCUACGGGCGUGAGCAUCGCCUUCGACAAGGAGGUGACGGCCGCGACGCAAGUGGCUAAGGCGGAAGAGGAGGUCGACAGCGACGCGGAGCUGAUCAAGACGCUGCCUGUUGUCGUGCUGCGCAACUUUGCGUUCAAGCCCGCGCGGGGCGAGCUGUGGAACGUCAUGGCCGAGUGGGGCGCCUCGCUCAUCGAGAACAAGGUCGCGCACGUCAUCGUCGUCGGCGAGGGCAGCGUAGCGAGCAAGACGCUGACAGCUGCGCUGCCUUCCAAGCCCCUGAACCAAGUCAACCUCUCGGACGCGGACGACUACAACGCGCUCGAGUUUGUGCGCGAGAAGCUCAGCACCGACGGGCACCAGGUCGAGCUGACGGCGGAGGAGACGGCCGACGUCGCCAAGCUUGGCGGCCGCAUGGUCGACCUCGAACUGUUGGUGUACAAGGUGCGCAGCGGGCAGAGCUUGAGCACGGCGGUGGAGGACAUCGUGCUGCGCAACGCGGUGGAGAUCCGCAAGACGGCUUUCGGCGACGACAGCGACGAAGCCAAGGCGCUGCCGUGGACGCGCGCGCAGGCGUGGAAGAUCGUCAGCGCGCUCGCGAAGCAGCCCGAGCUGAGCUACGCCCAGCUCCUGUCCGAGUUCCCGUUCAAGGGCGCCGACACAUGCCUCAAGGCCAUGGAGGAGCACGGGCUCAUUUUCAUCACGGCGGGCACGGGCGGGCGCACAUGCCCUGCCAUGGUGCGGCCAGGCAAACCCGUGUUCCGCGAGAGCUUCCGCUCGCUCGUCGACGAGCCCAUCUUCCAUGCCAUGUGCCAGAUCGAGUACAAUGCGGCCGUUACUAAGAAGGCCGAGGCGGACAUCGCGGACUACGAGGCCGAGCUCGCCAAGCUCAAGAGCAUCACGAGCGACGGCGACCACCUCGGCGUCGCGGCUGCCGGCUGGUUCGGCGCCGGCAGCCCGAUCCACCAGCGCGCACAGUAUCUCGCCGAGUCGCUCGGCAAGAGCAUGGACAAGAUUCGCAAGGCGGAGGCGGACAGCGCUGAGCAGAUCAAGGCGUUCACGCUUGACGGCAAGAAGCGCAAGUGAGCGGAGGAUGAAGCGUACAGUGUAGCUAGUCGUAAUCAUGCACCAUUUCCUAAGUGUCACAUGCACAAAUGCAGUCUCGUCUCGAUC